GUCCCAUAUCCUGCUCUACUGGGUCAAGUCCCUCCUGGACCAGCUCUUGUCCAUCAUUUGCUGAAGUGGACCCACUGGUGCCCUGUGGGCGGUCUCCCCUGACAGCUUUACUCCAGCGGUGCUUGGACCUCUCAGAUCGCUCGCGAUGAAGAUGGCCUUGCCUGGGAAUCCUGCUUGUUCUAUCAGCCUCUAAUUAUGGGACGAGGUUGUGCAAGCAGGUCUGGGGGCAGGAGAACAAAGCCAUUGAGGAAGCACUGGAGGACUUGUCCAGCCUUUAAAGAACUCUAGCGGUUUCUGCAUCGAGCCCACUCUGGUGGUAAGCAUGAUGCAACUUCUGCGACUUCUACUGGGGCUUUUGGGGCCAGGCAGCUACUUGUUCCUUUCAGGGGAUUGUCAGGAGGUGGCCACGCUCACGGUGAAAUACCAAGUGUCGGAGGAAGUGCCGUCUGGCACAGUGAUAGGGAAGCUGUCCCGGGAACUGGGCCGGGAGGAGAGGCAUGGGCAGGCGGGGGCCGCCUUCCAGGUCUUGCAGCUGCCUCAGGCAGUCCCCAUUCAGGUGGGCUCCGAGGACGGCUUGCUCAGCACAGGGAGGCGGCUGGAUCGAGAGCAGCUAUGCCGACAGUGGGAUCCCUGCCUGGUUUCCUUUGACGUGCUUGCCACAGGGGAUUUGGCUCUGAUCCACGUGGAGAUCCAAGUGCUGGACAUCAAUGACCACCAGCCACAGUUUCCCAAAGGCGAGCAGGAGCUGGAAAUCUCUGAGAGUGCCUCUCUGCGCACCCGGAUCCCCCUGGACAGAGCUCUUGACCCCGACACAGGCCCUAAUACCCUGCACUCCUACAUCCUGUCUCCCAGUGAGCACUUUGCCUUAGAUGUCAUUGUGGGGCCUGAUGAGACCAAACAUGCAGAACUCGUGGUGGUGAAGGAGCUGGACCGGGAGAUCCACUCAUCUUUUGACCUGGUGUUAACCGCUUAUGACAAUGGGAAUCCCCCCAAGUCAGGCACCAGCUUGGUCAAGGUCAACGUCCUAGACUCCAAUGACAAUAGCCCUGUGUUUGCUGAGAGUUCACUGGCACUAGAAAUCCAAGAAGAUGCCGCCCCUGGUACUCUCCUCAUAAACCUGACCGCCACGGACCCUGACCAAGGCCCCAACGGGGAGGUGGAGUUCUUCCUCAGUAAGCACGUGCCUCCAGAGGUGCUAGACACCUUCAGUAUUGACGCCAAGACGGGCCAGGUCAUUCUGCGUCGAUCCCUAGACUACGAGAAGAAUCCUGCCUAUGAGGUAGAUGUCCAGGCAAGAGACCUGGGUCCCAACCCCAUCCCAGCCCACUGCAAAGUUCUCAUCAAGGUUCUGGACGUCAAUGACAAUGCCCCAAGCAUCCACAUCACGUGGGCCUCCCAGCCAUCCCUGGUGUCAGAAGCUCUUCCCAAGGACAGUUUUAUCGCUCUAGUCAUGGCAGACGACUUGGACUCAGGAAACAAUGGUCUGGUCCACUGUUGGCUGAGCCAAGAGCUGGGCCACUUCAGGCUGAAAAGGACUAAUGGCAACACAUACAUGUUGCUAACCAAUGCCACACUGGACAGAGAGCAGUGGCCCAGAUAUACCCUCACUCUGUUGGCCCAAGACCAAGGACUCCAGCCCUUAUCAGCCAAGAAACAGCUCAGCAUUCAGAUCAGUGAUGCCAACGACAAUGCACCCGUGUUUGAGAAAAGCAGGUACGAGGUCUCCACUCGGGAGAACAACCUCCCCUCUCUUCACCUCAUUACCCUCAAGGCUCACGAUGCAGACUUGGGUGUUAAUGGGAAGAUCUCAUACCGCAUCCAGCACUCCCCAGUUUCUCACUUAGUAGCUAUUGACCCCAACACGGGAGAGGUCACUGCUCAGAGAUCACUGGACUAUGAAGAGAUGGCUGAUUUCGAGUUCCGGGUGAUCGCGGAGGACAGGGGACAACCCCAGCUUGCAUCCAGCGUCUCCGUACGGGUCAGCCUCUUGGAUGCCAACGAUAAUGCCCCAGAGGUGAUCCAGCCUGUGCUCAGCGAUGGAAAAGCCAGCCUCUCAGUGCUUGUGAAUGCCUCCACGGGCCACCUUCUGGUGCCCAUUGAGUCUCCCAGUGGCCUGGGUCCAGCAGGGGCUGACACACCUCCACUGGCCACUCCCAGCUCCCAGCUGUUCCUUUUGGCAACCAUUGUGGCAAGAGACGCAGACUCGGGGGCAAAUGGAGAGCUCCUCUACAGCAUCCGGAGUGGGAAUGAAGCCCACCUCUUCAUCCUCAGCCCCCAGCUGGGGCAGCUAUUCGUCAACACCACCAACGCCAGCAGCCUCACUGGCAGCGAGUGGGAGCUGGAGAUCGUGGUAGAGGACAGGGGCAGCCCCCCCUUGCAGACCCGAGCCCUGCUGAAGGUGAUGUUUGUCACCAGCGUGGACCACCUGAGGGAUUCGGCCCGUGAGCCUGGGGUCCUGAGCACAUCAGUGCUGACAGUGACAUGCCUGGCUGCACUGCUGGGCAUCUUUGGGUUGAUCUUGGCUCUGUUCAUGUCCAUCUGCCGGACAGAGAAGAAGGACAAUAGGGCCUACAACUGCCGGGAGGCCGAGUCCACCUACCGCCACCAGCCCAAGAGGCCCCAGAAACACAUUCAGAAGACUGACAUUCACCUUGUGCCUGUCCUCAGGGGUCCGGCGGGUGAGCCAGGCGAAGUCGGGCAGUCCCACAAAGACUCGGGCAAGGAGGCAAUGAUGGAAGCAGGCUGGGACCCCUGCCUGCAGGCGCCCUUUCAUCUCACACCCACCCUGUACAGGACCCUGCGUAACCAAGGCAACCAGGGAUCCCUGGCGGAGAACCGCGAGGUGCUACAGGACACCGUCAACCUCCUUUUCAACCACCCCCGGCAGAGGAAUGCCUCCCGGGAGAACCUGAACCUUCCUGAGCCCCAGCCUGCCACGGGGCAGCCACGCCCGAGGACCCUGAAGGUUGCGGGCAGCCCCACAGGGAGGCUGGCUGGCGACCAGGGCAGCGAGGAGGCCCCACAGAGCCCACCGGCCUCCUCUGCAACCCUGAGGCGGCAGCGAAACCUCAAUGGCAAGGUGUCCCCUGAGAAAGAAUGCGGCCCCCGCCAGAUCCUGCGGAGCCUGGUCCGGCUGUCUGUGGCUGCCUUCGCGGAGCGGAACCCCGUGGAAGAGCUCACUGUGGAUUCUCCUCCUGUUCAGCAAAUCUCCCAGCUGCUGUCCUUGCUGCAUCAGGGCCAAUUCCAGCCCAAACCAAACCACCGGGGAAACAAGUAUUUGGCCAAGCCAGGAGGCGGCAGGAGUGCGAUCUCAGACACAGAUGGCCCAGGUGCUAGGGCUGGUGGCCAAGCAGAACCAGAACAGGAGGAAGGGCCCUUGGACCCUGAAGAGGACCUCUCUGUGAAGCAGCUGCUAGAAGAAGAGCUGUCAAGCCUGCUGGACCCCCACACAGGCCUGGCCCUGGACCGGCUGAGCGUCCCCGACCCCGCCUGGAUGGCGAGGCUGUCUUUGCCGCUCACCGCCAACUACCGCGACAACGUGACCUCCCCGGAUGCCGCAGCCUCGGAGGAGCCGCGGACCUUCCAGACGUUCGGCAAGGCGGCCGGGCCCGAGCUGAGCCCGACGGGCACGCGGCUGGCCAGCACCUUCCUGUCGGAGAUGAGCUCGCUGUUGGAGAUGCUGCUGGAGCAGCGCUCCCGCGUGCCCGUGGAGGCCGCCUCCGAGGCGCUGCGGCGCCUCUCCGUCUGCGGGAGGACCCUCAGUCUAGACCUGGCCACCAGCGGGGCCUCGGGCUCGGAAGCGCAGGGGGGCCCGGGCGGAAAGAGGGGAGCUGAGGGCGGGAGCGGCAGCGGCAGCAGGUGCCUGUGAACGCACCUUGGAUGCCUCUGGAUCCAAGAACCAGCGGCCCUGGGAGAUGUCAGGGGGCCCAGGCCCAGAGGAUCCCGGGACAUGCGCUGGUUCCUAAAAUCUUGGAACUCACCAACCAGAGGUGGCCCCAGAACUUUAGGGUGACUGAUGCUGCCCCCACAGUGGAGGCUGGGCCCCCAGGACUAACAGCCGACAGACCAAAGCAGCCCCUUGUAAUGGGCUCUGACUGAAUUUUUUGGAGGACAGGGACAGUUGGUGGCUGAGAUAAGUGUUUGCUGGCAAAACACAUGGAGAAGGCAAAGAGUCAGACCUCCCGCAGAACGGAUGCCACAGAGGUGACAAGCAGGGAAGGAUGGCCGUCUUGGAUACUGGGGGUGGGGAGCUGGGUCCUGGGACACCAGGUGACGCUCUCCGACCUACUAAUAAAGGAAGAGCAGUG